AUGAUUAAGUUCAUCAGCAACUACCUGGCCGAGCGCCGGGCUCGCAGAAACCGUCUGGUGACCAAAGAUGGCCACUGUCACAUUGCCUUUGGCAGUGUCAGGUACAGCCGCCUCUUCAUCCUCGUUCUGGAUUUCUGGACCAGCUUAAUGGAGAUGCACUGGCCCUAUGUUAUCCUUCACUUCAUAGCCUCCUUCAUCUUCUCCUGGUUUAUGUUUGGGCUUUUGUGGUAUUGGGCUGGUUAUGCUAAUGGUGACCUGACAUGGCAAAACCCAUCUUCUGACCAUGUUCCUUGCGUAAUUAAUCUCGUUGACAUGGUCAGUGCCUUCCUUACGUCUAUAGAGGCUGAAAUGUCCAUUGGUUAUGGGUAUCGCCUCAUCACUCCCUAUUGCCCUAGUGCCAUAACUAUCCUCACAGCUGAGGCUGUGUUUGGUACGGUGAUCAUCUGCUUCUGGUGUGGGGUGAUAAUGGCCAAAGCAGCCAGACCUAGGAAGAGGAUCAAGACCAUCACCUUUAGCAAGAUAGCUGUUAUCUGCACCAGACAAGACAGGCUUUGCCUGCAGUUACGAGUGGCCAACCUGCGCAAGACCCUCAUGAUCAAAAGCCAGUUCUACGGCAAGCUGCUUAGGACCACAGUCACACCUGAAGGCGAGAUCAUCAUCAUGGACCAGAUCAGUGUUGACUUCUUGGUGGACGCUGGGAAGGACAACCUGUUCUUUGUCUGCCCUUUGACCUUGUAUCAUGUUAUUGACAAAUCAAGUCCAUUCUUCCACAUGACAGCAGACACUCUGCACCAACAGCAGUUUGAGCUGGUGGUAUUCCUGGAUGGCACAGCCGAAUCCACAAGCUCUUCCUUCCAAGUUAGGACUUCAUACUUGCCUAAGGAGAUCAUGUGGGGCUACCAGUUCCUCCCCAUCAUCUCCCGAAGCAAAGAAGGCAAAUUUCGUGUGGACUUCUCCAACUUAUCCAGGGUAAUGCCCUCAUUCACCCCACACUGUGCCUCCGGCUCCCACAAUGCACAAGGUCACUGUGACCAUUGCACUUCUGCUUCUGACAAUGAGGGGUUUCAACAGAAUGAAUUUAUAGACAACUCCAGUGCUACACAUAUGUGAUGCACAUUUGUGGGUUUGUCUUUGGACUUGUUGUGAGAGCUUUU